CUCACAGCCAGCUCUCUUGUAUUGCAUUUGUUUCUAUUUAUAUGAUAAGGUUGUCACACAAAUUGUUUCACAUGUGUUUCUUGGGAUACUCCUUAGGUAUUUUUGUCUGGCGAAAAUGGGUGAACCUCAGCAAGUGAGUGCCCUUCCUCCACCUCCAAUGCAAUAUAUAAAAGAAUAUACCGAUGAAAAUAUCCGUAAAGGCCUGGCUCCAAAGCCACCUCCACCUGUGAAAGACAGUUACAUGAUGUUUGGUAAUCAGUUUCAAUGUGAUGAUCUGAUUAUUCGACCCUUGGAGAGCCAGGGUAUUGAACGGUUACAUCCUAUGCAGUUCGAUCACAAGAAGGAAUUAAGAAAACUUAAUAUGUCUAUCCUGGUCAACUUUUUGGACCUCUUGGAUAUCUUGAUAAGGAGUCCGGGGAGUAUAAAGCGAGAGGAGAAACUGGAAGACUUGAAACUGCUUUUUGUUCAUGUCCAUCAUCUUAUAAAUGAGUAUCGUCCUCACCAAGCUAGGGAGACACUGAGAGUCAUGAUGGAGGUGCAGAAACGUCAGCGUUUGGAAACAGCAGAGCGAUUUCAGAAGCAUUUAGAGCGAGUUGUAGAGAUGAUUCAGAACUGCCUGGCUUCCUUGCCUGAUGAUCUGCCUCAUUCAGAGGGAGGACUGCGAGUGAAAGCAGAAACAAUGGAUACUGAUGAUGGCAGCAGCUGUAUGGGACAGAGCGAAAAACAGAGGGAGCGUUCCGGUGGCAAGAGAGAUCAGGUUUUAGACAAAGAUGCAGCUAUGUGUAGCAUUAUUGAUGAAAUGACAUGAAGAAAACACUGUCUUACUUUGUUAGCUUGCCAUAGUGAGAGGCAGAAUGAAUUCUGAGGGUGUAUGUUGUAUUUUGUUUUCCUGUUGUACAAGCAGACAAAGCAUUUAUUGUACGCCUGUUGGAGGUUGUGAGUGACUAGGCAGAUGAAAAUGUUUAAUAUUUUGUGAGCUGUGUGUUUAUUGGUAGAAAUAAAAAAUUUUUUGUUAAAUGUAUCAUGUGAGGUGGAAGCCACAGAUUAAAGUUAGCUUUUUCUGUUGUA